AAGUCCACCUGCGUCACAGGUCAAUCUUCAAUCCAUCUGGCCAGUCAGAAAAUUGCAAGGAACAAAUGAACCACAGCUAAAAUAGAUGAAACAGACGUUCACUCUCUGAGACGACAACCUGCUGAUGCAUUUAUUAAUCGGCCAUUGCUUACUGUUAAGGAGUGUGUCUUGACCUUCAAGGAGUGUUUGUUAAUCCUGUUAGUCCCUGUUGGUAGCUGUGGAAAUCCCAGCAGAGCGGCGCUGCACCUGCGGCAUGCACAGCCACCUGUAGGGUCACAGGAUGUUCAACUGGGUGGUGAAAGUGGUACCCAAACCCCCUGAGGCCCCAGAGUCAGAGGAGGCUGCUGGACAGACAAAGGGUAAAAAUGCCAAGAGUCAUUCUCUGAAAAGCGGAGGGGAAGAGUCACUGGACAGCCAGUCUGGGGUUCUGGGCUGGUUAUCCAACGGGUUUGUCAGUGCAUUGCCUCAGCCUGCUGGUUCCCCUCAUGUCAACAGAGGCUCAACAGAAGAGGAGGAGAGAACCGGGGUGGUUGGAUGGGUUGCUCAGGGACUGAACAAUUUUAUACCCCAACCUGAUGAGAAGUACAGAGAGAAGAAGAAGGACAACGAGGAGCACACGGAGAUAUAUGACAUCGAGACAAUGCCUGACUAUGACCCCCUGCCACACAUCCCAGUGGUGGAGAUGUUGUCUGAGGACGAGGAUGAGAAUCCAGCUCCACCUCCUCAGUUCCCGCCAAAUGUGAAGACGUGGAUAAGAAAUAUGAUCCCGCAACCGGUCCUGCUGCCUUCAGACGGCGAAUUCAUUCGACCAGCGCGGUCCGCACGCUCCUCACUAGAUAAAAUUUUGUCUCCACCACCAGAGUCUCUCAGUGGAAUCUCAAUAGACACUGAUGGAAACACUCCAGGCACGGUUGGCUGGUUUGUGACAGGACUCGGACUGAAGUUGCCUCAACCGCCUCCAAAAAACAAUCCGGAGAGUACAACUGAAGUGCUACAGAAAGUUUCCACCCGACUCCAACCUGACAUGGUGCUAGAGGACGUGGAGUCAGACAAUGAAGCUCCAAGUAAAGCUGCAGGAGUGUCGUCUUCACACAAGCCACCGGUGACCACAGCACCCCGACAGCUAGAGUCCAAUUCACGCCCUGCUCAGCAGAAGAGUUGUGAUAGAGUGAAGAAUCAGAGCGUGGAGAGUGUAACCAAAACAUCUGUGGAGGAUGCUGAGACUCAGACCGGCCGCUGGACACCGUUUAUCAACAGCAUCAAGCAGGAGGCGGAGAGUGUUGCCUUGGCCUCGAUGGAGGAACGUCUGGUCCAGGAGCGACUGGAAAUGACCCGUGUGGCCGAGGAGGUGGCCAGGCACACUGCUGAGAUGGCGGUCAGGCAGAUAGUGAGCGAAGCCCAGUCCAUCAAGCUUUCACUGGGGAGUCAGGAGCUGCUGGAGGAGCCUGAUGCUGAGCUGCCAAUGCCACCAGAAGAAAGUGAAAUGGAGGCUUGCAUUACCACAGAACAGGCAGAGAGUCCUGCAGUGGAAGAACAGAUACAAGAAACAGAGCUAUUGGCAACCAGCAACUCUCCAGAGCCUGCAGAGGAGCCUGCGCAGCUGCAUGAAAAGCCUCCCUCGCCUGCCCCUAGUUCUGAACCAGUGAAGACCAGAGAGCUUGAAUCACAUCAGGCGCCAGAGACCAAGAACCAUGAAGAUCAUAAUUCAGAAGCUGGUCCUGUAACUCAACAGCCUCAGAAGGCAGACGAAGACACCGCAAGCAACAAAACAAACAACACAGCUGAAAAAGAAGAAGAAGCUGACGGAGAAUGUGGGGUUACAGAAAGCUCCAGCAUCAGCCGCCGUCCUGCUGUCAAUGUGGAGGAUGUUGACUCAGAUUUGGGCAGACCAGGAAGGGGUGGUGAGGAGGAAGUGCUCACCCCUCAGGAACCCAGACUCACAACCCUCACCGUCCCCGUGACUCCGACAGGAGGCCGACAAAGUAAAGGAGACAAAGUUGCUGAACUGAAUCGUAGGAAAGUCUGGAGAAGGAUCAGACGGCUCCAUUCUCAAAGUGAAGAUGAUGAUGAUGAGACAAGCCUUCCCGUUCGUGCCUGGCCCAGUCAGUCCAGCCUUCACAGCAAUGAUGAGGUCAUUAAGGACCGUCCUUCGUCCUCCGCCAGUCAGACCAGUGCAGUGGUCAAUGAGCGUCUGCAGGAGUUGGUCCGAAUGUUCAAGGAGCGGACAGAAAAGGCUAAAGAGAAGCUCAUAGACCCUGACAGCUCAGAUGAAGACAGCAUCGUUCCUUCUCCCCCUCAGGCAUCCACUUUUCAGGAGACUGCUGAUGGUCAGCCGCUGGACGAGGAGGCUCAAGCAGGUCCUUCCACUGCAGAUAAAGUUUCAGGAAGCGGUGACCAAGUGAGUGAGGAGGACCGUUUAGAACGGUGCUGUAAAGUGAAGCCCCCUCGAUGGAUUAGAGCCUGUGUGAGCUACCGCUUCCCUGCCAGCAUCGACCCUUUCACCAAUUUGAUGUACGUGCUGUGGAUGUUUUUGGUCACUCUAGCGUGGAACUGGAAUGCCUGGUUCAUCCCAGUGCGAUGGGCCUUCCCAUAUCAGACCCCUGACAAUAUCUAUUACUGGUUGCUGACUGACUACCUUUGUGACCUUAUUUACAUACUGGACAUUGCAGUCUUCCAGCCUCGUCUGCAGUUUAUCCGUGGAGGAGACGUAGUGUCUGACAAGGCAGAAAUGAGAAAUAACUAUAUGAAAACCAAGAGGUUCAAGUUUGAUCUGGCCAGCCUGGUUCCUCUGGAGUUAUUCUACUUCAAAACAGGAAUCAACCCUCUUCUCCGUCUGCCCAGAUUACUGAAGAUCAACUCCUUCUUUGAGUUUAAUGAACGCUUAGAAGCAAUCCUGACCAAAGCCUACGUCUACAGAGUGAUCCGCACAACUACCUAUCUACUUUACUGUCUCCACUGUAACGCCUGUCUCUACUACUGGGGUUCUGCCUUUAAAGGGCUGGGGUCCACCAAGUGGGUCUACAAUGGCAAGGGUAACAGUUACAUUCGUUGUUACUACUUUGCGGUGAAGACCUUGAUCACCAUUGGAGGACUUCCUGACCCCACCACUCUAUUUGAGAUUGUUUUUCAACUCAUCAACUACUUUGUUGGAGUUUUCGCCUUUUCCAUCAUGAUUGGACAGAUGCGUGAUGUGGUGGGUGCAGCGACCGCUGGUCAGACCUACUAUCGGACCUGCAUGGACAACACCAUUAAGUACAUGUCUUCUUAUCGCAUUCCCAAAGAUGUGCAGAACCGAGUGAAGACCUGGUAUAACUACACCUGGCAAUCACAGGGCAUGCUGGAUGAGCAGGAGCUGCUCGCUCAGUUGCCAGAUAAGAUGCGACUGGAUAUUGCAAUCGACGUGAACUACUCCAUCGUCAGCAAAGUUCCACUAUUCCAGGGGUGCGACAGACAGAUGAUAUUCGACAUGUUAAAAAGCCUUCGCUCUGUCGUGUAUCUGCCUGGGGAUUACGUGUGUAAAAAGGGCGAGGUGGGUCGAGAGAUGUACAUCAUAAAAGCAGGGGAGGUUCAAGUGGUCGGAGGACCAGAUGGGAAGACGGUGUUUGUCACCCUCAGAGCAGGAUCAGUGUUCGGAGAAAUCAGUUUGCUUUCAGUCAGCGGAGGCAACAGGCGCACGGCGAACGUAAUCGCACACGGCUUCGCAAAUCUUUUCAUCCUGGACAAGAAAGACCUGAAUGAAAUUCUGGUCCACUAUCCCGAGUCCAAGAAACUGCUGCGCAAAAAAGCCAGGAAGAUGUUGGCCAAGGGGAAAAAACCUGAGGAGCCCAAGGUCCCUCCUCAUGUUCACGUGGCCCCUGUCAGACAGGAGACUCCGAAACUUCUAAGAGCAGCCCUGGAGGUCUCAGAGAGGUCGUCUACACUCAAAGGAGCCAUGGCUCAGAUCAAAGAGAAGACAACAAAGUCCAGUAUCUCACUGCAGCCAUCUGUCUCUUCCACCUUACCUCCCCCAUCCCCAGUUUCUAUGGUGGGCAUUGACAGAGAAGAGGAAACGCCUUCACCCCUCACUGCGAGCUUGGCGACACUCCGCUCUGUGUCUCGCUGUCUCGACAAAAACUCCCCAUGGAACAGCGAUGAAACACGUGACAUUGAUCCAAGAAAAGAUGACAAACAUGACUUAUUAGACAAGUCAACAGAAUGAAUCCCUCCAGCUACGGGUUUGGCGACUGAUACUUAUUGAGUUGGCUAAUCGACAGGAAUUCAUUUAAAAUAGCUUUUCGUCACAGGGACCAAUCCUGAAGUCAUUUUAACAGAGGUAGAUUAGUGGAGACUCUGGUUUAUUAGUUCUAACUGGGUUAUAAAUAUGACAAAGUAAAAGCAGAAUUGGGGCGUUCACCUCAAUGGUUAAGAAACAUGUUGGAUAAAAUUCAAAUUUACACUCAAGAAGAGCUGUUUUUUCCUGGGGGAAAGAAAUCAUUAAUAUGUAUAUAAUGUGGCCUUUUGACGUUUAUGUUGGCUUUCUCUACUGCUUACAAUUUAGAUUUAUUUUAACAAGUAGAAUCCCUGCCAGAUGAGAUCCAGUCUGUCAUCUUCUGUUCGGCUGAUGGUCGAUUCAUUCCAUUAUUUACAUCCGUUUGCUCAACUGUCUCAAAAGCGGAACAUUGAAAUGAAUAGUCAAUAAAGACGACAGAACAAACACGAAGAUUUGAAUACAAUAUCACCGGGUUGCUUUGAUGAAGGUAGAGUGGAAGACGACAGAGGAGAAUAUGGAACACCUUAAAAAGAAUUUAAAAGGUCCUCCAUAACUGUGCGUGUUCCCUGCAGCCUCUAUGGAACGUGUGAUGCCCAUACACAGAAUCUCAGCCCUUAAUCAUACGGCCAGUUUGUCAGACAUUCUUUUUCUCUACAAAGAUUUUAUGUCGUUGAUAAAAUAACUGUUGUGGGUGUUUUGUGGAUGAGUUUAUGAAGGUGACAGUGCUAACUGUAUCUUUAACUGAGAACAUUGGAUGGUUACUAGUUUUCUUCCUUGUGUCAGGAGCAUCUUGACUUGUGUCUUCUUUAGAAUUUAAGCUCAUAUGACCUUUAUUUUUCUAUUCAGAUGCCACAACCGACUCCUGCUUUAAUCUCUCUCUCACAAUGGACCGAACCCAACGUUGUGUCGUCUGUUUUUGCUGUUGUUGCAUAUAAAAGAUGUUUACCAGUUUUUGUCGAUGUUGAAGUGCACUUUUCCUUUUCAGGUUUAACUAUUUUUAGUUUCAACUGGUAGUUCUAAACUCUUGAAGCGUUGCAGAUGACAUAAAGUUGUGUUUUACUAUAACAAUAUGUGAAUUCUUUCUUAUAUUGCAGUAGGUACGAACAUCAGUUGUGAAUAACAGAUCAAUCUAUAUCAACAUCAGAUCCUUGUUUUUAAAUGAUGUUUUCUGUAUAUCUGAUUUAUAUGUCAUUUCAAAUAUUACCAUUGUUUCAUUUUUACAUUUAGGGCUUACACUCUGUAAUAUAACGCAUUUUUUUUCCUCUAAUGUCAUUGUACAUAAGAUGUUUACUGUUUUAUUUGUGCAGAAUUGUAUCCAUAAUCUUCUGUUUAGAUGUGUGGAUUUUCUUGUAAAUAUUUUUUGGAGGUGACACGACCACAAAUGAAUGCCAGCUAACUAAACUGCCAGACAAUCUGUAGGUGUGUGUGCGUGUGUGCGUGAGAGAGAGAAUUCUCGGAAAAACGCCUCCUUGUGAGGACAUUUGACAGAGUCAGGAUGGUUUUGCUGGUCCUAACAAGUUGAACCCUGAAUUUGAGGAUGAGGACUACAAAAUAACCGAGUCAUUAGAAUCCUAAGGAGCGCUGGUUAAGGUUAGCCAUUUGUUUUGGAUGGUUAAGUUUAGGGUGAGAGUUUGGGGAAAGCAUUAAGUCAAUGAGAAACCUCCAAAAGUCCUGACAAGGAUGUAAAUACAAACUUUUGUGUGUGUGUGUGCGCGCAUCAGUUAAUGCUUGUGCGCAUGUGUGUCUCUCUGUUUUAAUGUGUGUAAACUGAUGUAUAUAAAACAUCUUGGAAAUAAACUAUGUAAUUUAUGUCCCUAGUUGAUGUUAAAAUAAAUGCAUAUUUCAUU